AUGCAGCAACGCCGCGAUGAAAUCCUCGCCAAGAAAGCGAAGCUCGCCGAGCUGAAGCGACAAAGAGAGCUGCGCGCCAGCCAAGCAUUCGCGGGACGCCAGAGCAUUAGCAGCCCUGGUGAGCUUGUGUCGCCCUCACCCGGGAGAGCAGACAGUCGACGUGAAAUCGAGUCUCUUAUCAACAGCCUGGUUGGCGAAAGCCGCCCGGGAUCGACGACAACUGGCGGCGCUGCGUCGCCUGCGCCCCGCGGGAGUCGCCCAAAUAGCGUUCUCAGUGCCGGAGAAAUUAGCAACGGAACCUCCGAGUACGCAGCUCCCCCGAGCGGACAUUCAGCACCAUCAGCACCCGCGCCGCCGCCUGUACAACUGAGCACAGUUCCUCUCACUACCGUCUACGAAUGUCCUCCUUCGCCCGUAAAAGAGAUAUUCUCAUACAACAAGGGGGUCCAGACAACCGAUGGGUGGACGUCGCCCGCGAGACCACGAUCGCAGUCUCUACAAUCCGAUCAAGAUGAUGUGUCAGGCUCCAUGACAAGCCCAUCAAAGAAACUAAGCAGGCGAGAACGCGACCGGGAGGAAGAGCUGCGCCAAAAGAUCCGUGAUGAGGUAGAGGAGGAGUUGAGAGCUACAAGGGAACGUUUGGCGGACGGUGCUGAAGCUCAGCAGAGUUCUGCGACCAAUUACCCGAUCCGAGAACUGACUUCAGAAGAGCUCGGAGCUGUAACACGAUCUGAUGAGUUUGUAGAGUUCUUGGAGCAGUCCACCAAGGUCAUCGAACGCGCCAUUGACCAGGAGACGUACGACAUCCUUACCGAUUACUCCUUGCAGGGCAAGGACCUGGAUAAGGAAGAUGAUGAGACUGGCAACACCGGCGGUCGCGGCCAAACCAGGAUAAAACAAGUCGCUCAGUUCUAUGACGAGCGGUGGUCCAAGAAACGCAUGAUUAGCAGCAUCGAUUUCUCGCCAAAAUUUAGUGAGCUUUUGCUGGCAUCCUACACGAAAAACCCGACGGCACCACACGAACCCGACGGUCUUGUGCAGGUCUGGAAUACACACAUGCACGAUCGACCGGAAUACGUCUUUACCGCGCAGUCAGACAUUCUAACUGCUAAAUUUUCGCCAUACCACCCCAACCUCAUCAUCGGAGGCUCGUACAGCGGCCAGGUACUGCUCUGGGAUACGCGCGCCAAGGCAGCACCGGUUCAAAAGACGCCGCUGACAGGCUUUGGCCACGCGCACCCCAUCUACUCUGUGGACAUUGUCGGCACGCAAAACGCAAACAACAUCAUCUCUUGCUCCACAGACGGCGUCGUCUGCGGCUGGAGCAUGGACGUUUUUGCGCAGCCGCAGGAGCUCCUGGAGCUCAAGAACCCUGCCCAGGCCAAGGUGGCCGUCGAGGACGUCAGCCCGACCUGCCUCUCGUUCCCCCAGACGGACCCGACCUUUUUUCUGGUCGGCAGCGAGGAGGGUACCAUAUUUCCCUGUCACCGGUACGACCGCGCGGGCGCCAAGGCGGGCGUCGACAAGAAGAUUUGCUACAAGGGCCACACGGCGCCCGUCAUGUCGGUCGACUUCCACCCGUCGCGCGGCCCCGUCGACCUGGGCGACCUCGUCCUCUCGUCGUCGCUGGACUGGAGCGUCAAGCUGUGGAAGGUGCGCGCGCCGGCGGCCACGUCAACGACGGGCUCGGGCGACGGCCUCAUCCGGCCCCUGAUCGACUUUGUGCGCGAGGAUGUCGUAUACGACGCCCGCUGGUCGCCCGUCAAGCCAAGCGUGUUUGCGCUCGUCGACGGCGCCGGCUGGCUGGAGCUCUGGGAUAUCAGCAAGGAGACGGAGGAGCCCAUCUCGCGCAUCACGCCGAGCCAGCGCCAGGACGGCCGCACCAUGCUCUCAAAGAGCUUGAAUAAGGUGGCCUGGGAGUCCAACGAGGGGAAGCGCAUCGCGACGGGCGGCAUCGACGGCUCGCUCACGGUGUUUGAGGUGGCAAGCGGUCUUGGCGGCAAGGAGAGUUUGAAGAAUGAGGAGUGGACGAAUGUGAAGAAGCUGGUGAACCGUGUCGAGGCAGUGGGUGUCAACGGGGCCGUUAUCGUCUAA